AUGAAUAUCAUAGAAACUCUAUUUGGAAGGACAGUCACGCCCGCCGAGCGAUUGCGACAACAUCAGCGUGCAUUGAACAAAGCACAACGAGAGCUUGACCGCGAACGGUCAAAGCUCGAGCAGAGCGAGAAGAAGCUUGUGGCAGACAUUAAGAGGAGUGCCAAAGCUGGCCAAAUGAACGCAUGUAAAGUGAUGGCGAAAGACCUCGUUCGCACUCGGCGCUAUGUCCAGAAGUUUUACCAAAUGAGAACGCAAUUACAAGCCGUUGGACUAAGGAUACAGACUCUAAGAAGUAAUCAACAAAUGGCAGAUGCUAUGCGCGGAGCCACGAGAGCCAUGGCAUCGAUGAACAGGGGAUUAAACCUCCCAGCUAUCCAGAAGAUCAUGAAUGAGUUUGAAAAGGAGAGCUCGAUGAUGGAUAUGAAGGAAGAAAUAAUGUCGGACGCUGUGGACGAUGUUAUGGAGGAUGAUGCUGAAGAUGAAGAGGAAGAAGGUGAUAAGAUAUUACGAGAGGUUCUUGACGAAAUAGGUGUCAACCUUUCUCAGCAACUCACGGACGCACCUACUGGUCUCGGCUCAAUAUCGUCACCACUGACGGAACGCAGACCGGUGGCACUGGGAGAAUCGAUUGGCGGAAGUGGCUCUCCCAAAGGCGACGACACGGCGGGGGGUGGCCCAUCGGAUGAAGAUAGCCUCCAAGCAAGACUAGACGCUUUAAGACGAGGAUGA